AUGGGCAGCUCGCACUCACUUCCGACACCACGCUAUUGUGCGCAUAUUCUUACACAUGAUGGAAAGAGAUUUAAAUUUUCGUAUCGUGCUUUGGUUGAUCAUAUUGUAUUGUUACGUUUAGUGGCCGCACAUCCCGAAAUGACGGAACCAGGAGAAACAUUGAAUUAUUUUAUCGAAGAUUAUUGUCAACGCAUGGCUCGUCAAGAAAUGAAUACUAGACGUCAACAACGACAACUUCCAUGGCAAAUCGAGUGGAUCUGGCAUGUUCAUCGUCUGCAUCCAGUUGCGUAUUAUGACGACUGUACACAGCAAUUAUCGGACCCCAAACAAGGUGAAAUUAUCGUACCGACAUUUGAUAUUGAUUUAAUAUGGCAUACACAUAUGAGAUUUCCAUCAUUUUAUCAAAGAACAUCAAUAAGACUAUGUGGCUUCCUUCUUGAUCAUAAUGACUCUAUUGACAAUAAUACACUUGCAGAUGCUUAUCAGAAAACAGCUGAUCAAUGGAAGCAGACAUACAACGUAAAUUAUGGCAGCAACGUUCCCACAGAUAAGUUAAGAUACUCGCAUUACAUAAGUUCGUGUGCAGUCAUAGUUGUACCUAUCAUGGGUUCAUCAGGUGAUGGUGGAGGUAGUUGCGGAGGUGGUUGCGGAGGUGGUUGCGGAGGUGGUGAUGGAGGUGGAGGUUGCGGCGGAGGUGGCUGUGGCGGUGGUGGAGGUUGCGGCGGUGGUGGAGGUUGCGGCGGUGGUGGAGGUUGUGGCGGCGGCGGUGGUUGUGGCGGUGGCGGUGGCGACUAA